AUCAAAUAAUCUCAAAUCUAUUUUCAAUUGUGAUAUUCAGAGAGAUUUAAAGGCAGCCUUAGUUUCACCUUAUCCACGAUUACAUCAAUCCAAUGUCCCCCACUAUUCUCUAUACCGACUAUUGGACUCAAUCGACUCAACUAUUCACGGAUUUAAAAGUGACAAUAAUUAAACCAAAAAUGUGACUUCAGUAAUCAGAUUUAUAACAUAACAGAUUAGAGAUUUCAUUACCACAAGAAUAGGAGGUAUAGAUCACUUUUGUUACAGUUUGAAGAGUUUCGUGAUUGCAUGAUUGCACUCCGAGAAUGGCAAAUUUACGGAAAUUCAUAGAUAUCGGAGCCAAUUUGUUAGAUCCCAUGUACCAGGGGAUUUACCAUGGAGCUGAGAAGCAUCGCCCCGACUUAGAUAUAGUCCUGGAGAGAAGCUGGAAAAAUAAUCUGUCAAAGAUUAUUAUUACUUCGGGUAGCCUUGGGGAGAGCAAAAAGGCCCUUGAACUUGCUAAAACAGAUCCAAGAUUAUAUACAACAAUUGGCGUUCAUCCUACUCGUUGUAAUGAAUAUGAAGAGUUCGGUGACCCCGAGAAGUACCUCAAGUCUAUGGCAACUUUAGCAUCAAAUAAUCGCGAUAAGAUUGUUGCGAUUGGAGAAAUUGGUCUGGACUACGAUCGUUUAAAUUUUUGCACAAAGGACAUACAGAAGAAGUAUUUUGAAAUGCAGCUGGGUUUGUGUGGGACUCUGAGACUACCGCUUUUUUUGCACUGCAGGAAUGCUUCGCAGGAUUUUCUCGAUAUUCUCAGGAAACAUAAAAAAGAACUGACCGAGGGGGUAGUACACUCUUUUGAUGGUACUCCAGAAGAAGCUAAUAGUAUUUUGCAAUUGGGAUUAUAUAUCGGCAUCAAUGGAUGCUCGCUGAAAACAGAAGAUAGUUUAUUCACAGUGAAGACAAUCCCGUCAGAAAAAUUAAUGAUCGAAACGGAUUGUCCUUGGUGUGAAAUCCGUCCUAUGCAUGCAUCAGCCAAACAUGUAAUUACACAGUUUCCUUCAGUUAAAAAGGAAAAGUGGCAGGCGGAUAAAAUGGUUAAAGGAAGAAAUGAGCCGUCCACUAUAGUGCAAAUACUUGAGGUGUUGACAUCUCUAAAAGACGAAAAGGAAGAAAAUCUCUGUAAUCAACUUUAUAAAAAUUCCAUGAAGAUUUUCUUUCCGCAUGAAUUGUAAUAAUCCACUGCGGAAGUUCUCACUCUUACCUAAUUACUUCUUUUGAUCCAUUUAUUUCGUAAAACAUGCGGAUUUUGAAUGUGAAAAAUUCCUGAUUGCUUCUCAGAAAAUCAAGAAUAGUUAACUUACUUAUAUUUUUUAAUAUCUCCUACGGAGAAACAACAGUUUUUAUAUUGAUGGAAAAAAAUUAGAAUUUUUUUCCUUCGCAACUUAAUGAUAAGAAAAUGAGAUAUUUUUGGUAACGAUCGUGCUAGAUGUGAAAUGAUAAUCUGUAUCCAUACAUUGAAUUACAUUCUAACUGAUGAUGAGUUUUCCACUGUUCGCCUCUGCUUCUCUCAUAUUUAUACGGUUCAUUAUUUUUUUUAAUAAGUCAUAUUUCGCUAUUCUUCCCUUACAGAUGGCAGUUUCCUUGGUUUUUAUUUCAAUUAUCUCCAGUAUUAAAAUGGUAAUUCCCGGUUGCUUUGUUCUGGAUACUGCGACGUUGUGUACGUUAUAAAGAUUAUGUAGAUAUAUAAUAAAGUAUAACUAGAUGUACUGAGAACUUGGUACUAAAUAUAUCCCUGGAAUAAAACCGAGAAAUAACAAUGAAACGAGCAAAGAAUAUAAAUGAAAUAUAAUGGAUUUCAACAAUUUAUCUUUAUCUUUUGCACUUUUCUAGGCCUCCGAAAUAUUAAUGUAGAGGAAGGGGGGUAGUAUGGUUAGGCUACUGUGAGCACAAAAUUGGGAUGAUUUCAAUGGUUUGAGUUAUUGCUUAUGUCGUCUCAUUUCUCAUGGUGUUUGUAAAUUUCUGGAAGGACCUGGAUCAGAUUGACAUGCAAAAAUAUAUCGUUUUUCACGAAUUUUCAUAGUCGUGCGGCUAUUUUUCUAAAUGUUUGGAAAGUUUAAUGAAUUUUUACAAAAGUUUACUGGGAACGUAGGAAAAAUUUUGCGCGGUAAAACUUCAAAACUGUAUAUUUUUUACGUUAAUUUUAUUACCUAUUUCUCAGAAAGUUGGAAAAAAACAUGAAAAAUGAGACGAUAUCGGUAAUAACUCCUUAAAUAAUGUACAAAAUCGGUCCAAAUCACUAGCAAAUGGCGGCUAAAUUUUACUUCAUCACAGUACUCAUACCGCAAUCUAUUAUUUUUCAAUUAAUACCUUGCUUGAAGCUUUCGUAACUCUUAAAGUAGACUCUAAAAAAUGUCAUUUAUUCAAUUAUUUUCACAGUUGAACAACAUUGUUAUGAUUAUCCCAUUCUUAUCUCUACACUAAAAAAUUAAGAUAUAUAUGAAUUUUUAAUUAUAUAGACAACCAUCAAUUAUUUUAUCGCGUAAGGAUCAGUCAAAUGAAAGAAGUAUUGAGGUUUAGAACUUGAAGCUCUUUAAUAUAUGCAAAGCUUUGCUAUGUAGAGCUAAAAAUUGCAAUUUUUUCAUUUCUUAAGACUUUUAUGAUUGCCAUGAUUUCAUCCAGCAUAAAUUGAUUACCAACGAAUGUCUCGAUAUAAAUAAUAAAAAACAUGAUGAUGAUAAUAAUAAUAAUAAUAAUAAUAAUAAUAAUAAUAAUAGUAAUAAUAAUAAUAAUAAUAAUUCAAUAAUGUUUAUUUCAUUGUUUUUUUUUUGCCAGUAGUUUAAUUCAUAGGAAAAAAGGCAGACGGGCACCAAUUGAAAAGUUCCAGAUAUUUCAGGAGAGAUACGUUUUUCUUAUAAUUUUUGGGUUUUCCGGAAUAUCACAGGUAAAAUGGCUGUCGCACUAAUGCUAAAGGUAUACAUGUUCAAGGAACUGAACAAUUGAUCAUAUUUAUAUAAAUAUAAGUAAAUGCAGAAAUAUAAAAUGGUUUUUUCUA